AGUUGUAGCAGCAGCAGCAGCAGAAGCAGUGUCAUCACCAGUCGGUGCAGCAGUAGCACCAGCAGAACGAAUAAUUUCAGCAGCACCAACAUCAUCACCAGCAGUUGCAGUUGACACUAGCAGCAGUUCCAUCAGAAUUAACAUCAACACUAGCAGCAGCACCAUCAGAAUUAACAUCAGCACUAGCAGCAGCACCAUCAGAAUUAACAUCAACACUAGCAGCAGCACCAUCAGAAUUAACAUCAACACUAGCAGCAGCAUCAUCAGAAUUAACAUCAACACUAGCAGCAGCACCAUCAGAAUUAACAUCAGCACUAGCAGCAGCACCAUCAGAAUUAACAUCAACACUAGCAGCAGCACCAUCAGAAUUAACAUCAACACUAGCAGCAGCAUCAUCAGAAUUAACAUCAACACUAGCAGCAGCACCAUCAGAAUUAACAUCAGCACUAGCAGCAGCAUCAGCAGCAGUAGCACAGGGAGAGGGGGGGGGAUCAGCUGUGUUCAGCACGCGGGAGGAGGAUGUCCGACUUCAUGGUGAAUGUGCUCAACGAGCUGCUCAUGGACGAGCACGGCCUCUACAGCUUGCCCUGCGACCACUGCAACGAGGUCUUCCCCGGCAUCCUCGUGGGAGACGCUGAGAUCGCACGGAGCGUCAGGAACCUCCAGCGACUGGGCGUGACGCACGUGCUGAACGCGGCCCACGGCACGACGCUGAUGCACGUGGAGACGGGAGCCGAGUUCUACGAGGGGAGCGGCAUCGCGUACCACGGCGUCCCCGCCUGCGACCUCGACUCGUACGACCUGGCCAAGUUCUUCGAGGAAGCGGCCGAGUUCAUCGAGAAGGCGCUCUCGCACCCCAAAGGCCGCGUGCUCGUUCACUGCCGCGAGGGCUACAGCCGCUCUCCCAGCCUCGUCGUCGCCUUCCUCAUGCUGCGACGAGGACGCGACGUGCAGUCGGCGCUGCGCCAGGUGCGCUCCCGACGCGCCAUCGGCCCCAACGACGGAUUCCUGCGCCAGCUGCUCCGCCUCGAGUCCAGGCUGGCCGAGCAGCGCAAAGCGUCGGCGGACUGAGUCCUUCAGCUUGUGGCUGUUGUUGUUGUGGUUGAUGUGGUUGUUGUUGAUGUCGUCGUCGGCGGAUUGACUCCUGCAGCUUGUGGCUGUUGUUGUUGUUGAUGUGGUUGUUGUUGAUGUCGUCGUCGGCGGAUUGACUCCUUCAGCUUGCAGCUGUUGUUGUUGAUGUUGUGGUGGUUCAUCUUCUUGGUUCUUUCGGUAAAGUCACG